AUGCCGCCCCAAAGCGGUCAGGCUCGCCAGAGCGCAAGCCAAGCCCGCCUCAACCCGAUAUGGUACAGCUACGCGUGCAUCACCGUUCUCGCCGCCGUCAUCCUCGGCAAUCUCAUGCGAUGGAGCUUCCUCGACUACCCUGACCCGUACUACUGCGGCGCGCUUCUGACGAUCGGCCGGUGGCUCGACCCGGGGACGUACAAGGUCUGGCAGCCAGAGGUCUUCAUCGGUGACUCGAACGUCCGACAGCUGUACUUUGCGGCGGUCCGCGCCAUCGACGGGGGUAAGAACUAUACGCCGAAAUGGGAGAAGGACGGCGACAAGCACACGAACCGCGGCGCUGUCGUCAAGUCCAAGGACGGCCACCGCCUAAACCUCGACUUUUGGUGGGAUCCCUACCUGAACUCGACGGAGACGAUCGCCUUCCUCAAGUCGACGCCGAAAGAACCCCUCAGCAUGCUGGUCAUGGGCUCGGGCCUGUGGUACCUGCGCAAUCCGUCUUCGGGUGGUCUCGCGGCGUGGACGAUGGCGAUCCACUCGACGUUCGAUCUGCUGCGCGAACACCAGGGACAGCCGGAUGCGCCGCUGCAGACGCCGUGGGACACGAUGGACCAGAGCCUUCAGUUCCGUAUGCCUGGCUUACUGCCCUCGUCGGCACCGGCGCGCUCUAAGGAUAAGCCGAACGCUGAGAACAACUUUGCACUCGCCGACACGGUUGUCUUCCUCCCCGUUCCCGACCCGGUCGACGAGAAGCUCUCGCCCGAGCGCGCCGCAACGAUCCUGCACUCGGACGUCGAGGCGAUGAACGCUGACCUGUCUGCGCGCCUGCAGCACGAGAACCCGCCGCCUGUGGUCCUCCCGACGGUGCUGAACGACCUCAUCGUGGACUCGGAGAGCGACGAUGGACUCCACUUCAGCGACAAGAUCAUGAACAAGCAGGCCGAGAUUCUGCUGUCGUGGCGCUGCGCGGACGCACUUCGCCAGGACGGCCUGGGUCAGCCCUCCACCUGCUGCCGACGCUACAGCUAUGUGCGCCCGCUGCAGGGUUUGCUCCUGGUGUUUUUGGCUGUGUGGUCUCCCCUCGUCGCGUACUUUGGCCACAAGCUUCCGGCGCACUCGCCGAUUCAGCGCUUUGUGCCCGGUACCAAAGCUGCGCUCGCGGUCAGCACGUUUGGCCUCUCCGUCACGUACUUAUGGUUCACGGACCGCACGACGAUGUUCCUCAAGGAGAACAAGGACUGGGACCCGAAGGUCUUCACGAUCCUCAGCGUUGUGUCUCUGGUUGCGGGCCUUGCGACUGUGAGGAACCGCGGCAAGGAUUUAGGUUUCCUGAACCGCGACCUGACCGAUGAGUGGAAGGGAUGGAUGCAGACAGUCGCGAUCCUGAUCUACCACUUUGUCGGCGCGUCCAAGAUCUCGGGCAUCUACAACCCGAUCCGCGUCCUGGUCGCGGCGUACCUGUUCAUGACGGGCUACGGGCACUUCUUCUUCUACUACAAGAAGGCGGACUUCGGUUUACAGCGUGUCGCGACGGUGCUCGUGCGCCUGAACCUGCUGUCGGUGGUCCUGCCCUACACGAUGAACACCAACUAUGUGUUCUACUACUUUGCUCCGCUCGUGAGCUGGUGGUACCUCAUCAUCUACGGCGUCAUGGCUUUAGGGUCGCAGUACAACGACCGCGCGGCGUUCCUGCUGCCCAAGCUGGUGCUUUCGGCUGUCGCCAUUGCCGCAUUCAUGCACUACUCCUUCCUGAUGGAGUACCUGUUUGCGUUCCUGAACACGGUGUUCAAGAUCCAGUGGACGGCGCGCGAGUGGACCUUCCGCGUCACGCUCGACCUGUACAUCGUGUGGGGCGGCAUGCUCACGGCGUACGCGUACAUCAAGGCGAAGGAGCACCGGCUCACGGAGCAGCCGUACUUCAACCAGCUGCGUGGCGGCGCGUGCGUCGCUUCGGUUGCCGCGCUGGUGUGGUACUUCUGGUACGAGCUGCACUUGGAGAGCAAGUUUGUCUACAACAAGUACCACGCGUAUGUCUCGAUCGUGCCGAUUUUAGGCUACGUUGUGCUGCGCAAUGCGUCUUCGAGGCUGAGGCAGCACUCGUCGCUGCUGUUCUGCUGGGUCGGCCAGAUCUCCCUGGAGACGUUCAUUCUGCAGUUCCACGGCUGGCUCGCGGCGGACACUAAGGCGAUUCUGCUGGUCCUGCCGCCAGAGUACCGCCCCGUCAACCUCGCCAUCUCGACUGUCUGCUUUAUCCAUCUGUCCUGGCUCGUGUCCGGCGCCACGGGAGAGAUCACGACCUGGAUCAUCGGCAAGGGCAAGGGCAAGGAGCGCUUACCGGCGCCUGCGACGACGGCGCAGCCGGCCCAGACGACGGACGAGAUCCCGCUGCUCGAUCGCAAUCAGGGCGACAAGGACAGCGAGAGUGCCCCCUCGGGCUCUGGCUCGGGCAGUGGGUCGGGAGAGCCGGCGCUCGAGACGCCGGCGUCGCCGAACACGACGCUCGACAACAGCGGGUACUUCCGCGACAAUGGGGCCGCUGUCACGGGCUACGACGCGCCGGUCCGCUGGAGCCAGCACACUGUGUUGUCGGUGGUGAGCAACAUCAGGUCACUGGCGCAGGCGCAUCUGUCUGUGAAGCUGGGCCUGGUGCUGCUGGGGCUGUGGGUGGCCAACUGGCUAUACUAG